GUUACUAAUCUUUUUCGUUACCUCAGGAUGUGGUUGUUUUGUUAGUGUCUACUUAGUUACUGUAUUUUGUAAUAUUUAUUCACACAGCUGAUUUAGGAAUUCAGAACAGUGAAAUCUGAGGAGGAAUCUGAGGAGGAGGAGUUUAUAGCUUUAAGGCACGAGGAGCUUACAGCUUUUUAAUAUAAAUUGUUCCCAGAAUCCAUGUCACAGCUCCUUAUAUGGUGCUGCUUUUUUCUUCUCGGUUGCUAUGACAACAGCAGCACUGCACCAUUCAUCAGCUCUGGACCUGGGCUGCAUUGCUAGCCCUCCGUGUUACUCCUGAAUGUUAAGAACAUCCGUGAAUCAUUCACUAUGUUAAUGCUGCGCCAUUAGAAACCUAAGAACCAGUCCUUCCAGCAGUUUGCUCUACCAGGAGGGUAAACUAAACUGCGCCACAGAGGAAAAAUUACAUAAAAGCAUCUUUUUCUCCUAAGGGAAUCAUACAGUCUAUCUCUGCUGCAGUAUUCUGAAAGGAUAAGCUUCUGUCAGGCGAUCUAAUGAAAAGAACUCAUCUGUAAUCUUUUUUGAAAUCAUUAGCUGUUCAAAACAAGUAUCACAUUGCAUCUCUGGAUAUAAAAAGAAGCAGGUGAUGUUGUUAGGGGUUCUAAGCUCCUUUGGGAGCAUCACUUGUGCUUUGGGACCAUAAUCAACAUCUGCUGUAAGAAGUAUCACCUGUAACGCGCAGUAAGUUCUGGGCAGUGUGAAGAACUGGCUGGGGAAGAUUUAAAGUGUGGAUCAUCCACUGAUAUGUCAGAUCUGAUAACAGCAUGACCAGUGAGUAAGAAGAAGCCUUUCAGGUUUGCAGGAGAAAAAGCUAUAUAGUAUUGACUAAUGAGGAAGAAAAACUAAAGCCUCCCCUCUGAGGAAGGCAAAGUUUGUUGAGAGCCCACGAAUUCCAGAAUCCGAGCUUGGCUCACCAACCCUCGCUUCAGCUCAGAAACUGGACGUGGAUGCAUACUGUCCUGGUGAUGCUGAACAGGAACUUGGUCCCCCUCCAUCUGUAGAUGAGGCAGCAAACACACUCAUGACUCGUCUGGGUUUCCUCCUCGGAGAGAAAGUCUCGGAAGUUCAGCCAGGUGACCAAUACAGCAUGGAAGUACAGGAUGAAAAUCAGACUUCAGCAAUCACCCAGCGGAUAAGUCCCUGUUCCACCUUGACUAGUAGCACUGCCUCUCCACCAGCCAGUAGCCCCUGCUCCACCCUCCCGCCAGUCAGUACAAAUGCAACUGCCAAGGACUGCAGCUAUGGGGCUGUUACUAGUCCAACCUCUACCCUUGAAAGCAGAGAUAGCGGCAUCAUUGCUACUUUGACAAGCUAUUCUGAAAACGUGGAACGCACAAAAUAUGUUGGGGAAAGCAGUAAAGAAUUAGGAUCUGGAGGAAACCUGAAACCUUGGCAGUCUCAAAAAUCCAGUAUGGAUUCGUGUUUGUAUCGAGUAGAUGAAAACAUGACGGCUUCCACCUAUAGUCUGAAUAAGAUCCCUGAGAGGAAUUUGGAAACUGUUCUAUCGCAGUCAGUACAGUCUAUUCCUCUGUAUCUUAUGCCACGGCCAAAUUCAGUAGCAGCCACAAGCUCUGCCCACUUGGAGGACCUUGCUUACCUGGAUGAACAGAGACAUACACCAUUGAGAACUUCUCUUCGAAUGCCGAGGCAGAGCAUGGGCGGUGCUCGCACACAACAGGAUCUGAGAGUUCAUUUUGCACCUUAUAGGCCUCCAGAUAUCUCCCUGAAGCCUCUGCUCUUUGAAGUGCCCAGCAUCACUACAGAGUCAGUGUUUGUUGGCCGGGAUUGGGUUUUCCACGAAAUAGAUGCUCAACUUCAAAGUUCAAAUGCCAGCGUGAACCAAGGAGUAGUGAUUGUGGGAAACAUUGGGUUCGGCAAAACUGCCAUCAUCUCCAGACUGGUGGCCCUCAGCUGCCACGGAACACGGAUGAGACAGAUCGCCUCAGACAGCCCACAUGCCUCCCCCAAACAUGUGGACGCCAACAGAGAGCUGCCACUCACACAGCCACCCUCAGCCCACUCGUCCAUCCCCAGUGGAAGCUGCCCAGGGACCCCAGAAAUGCGCAGGCGGCAGGAGGAGGCCAUGCGGAGACUAGCCUCACAGGUGGUUGCCUAUCACUAUUGCCAAGCAGAUAAUGCCUACACCUGCCUGGUACCAGAAUUUGUCCACAAUGUUGCUGCCCUGCUCUGCCGCUCACCUCAGCUGGCAGCCUAUCGGGAGCAGCUUCUUCGGGAGCCUCAUUUACAGAGCAUGUUGAGCCUUCGGUCCUGUGUUCAAGACCCCAUGGCCUCCUUCCGGAGGGGAGUCCUGGAGCCCCUGGAGAAUCUCCACAAAGAGAGAAAAAUCCCAGAUGAAGAUUUCGUCAUCUUAAUUGAUGGAUUAAAUGAAGCAGAAUUUCACAAACCGGAUUAUGGGGAUACAAUUGUGUCAUUUCUGAGUAAAAUGAUUGGAAAAUUUCCGUCUUGGCUCAAACUAAUUGUCACAGUUAGGACCAGUUUACAGGAAAUUACCAAGCUGCUGCCUUUCCAUAGGAUUUUUUUGGAUCGACUAGAAGAGAAUGAAGCCAUAGACCAGGACCUGCAGGCUUACAUCCUGCACCGGAUACACAGCAGCUCAGAGAUCCAGAAUAACAUUUCACUUAAUGGCAAAAUGGACAAUACUACAUUUGGCAAACUCAGUUCUCAUCUCAAGACCCUCAGUCAAGGGUCCUAUCUAUACCUGAAACUCACAUUUGACCUCAUAGAGAAAGGCUAUCUAGUGUUAAAGAGCUCUAGCUACAAAGUAGUUCCUGUUUCACUCUCUGAGGUUUAUUUACUCCAGUGCAAUAUGAAGUUCCCAACCCAGUCUUCCUUUGACCGGGUGAUGCCUCUCCUGAAUGUGGCAGUGGCCUCCCUGCACCCACUGACUGAUGAACAUAUCUUCCAGGCCAUCAAUGCUGGUAGCAUUGAAGGCACCCUAGAAUGGGAGGAUUUUCAGCAGAGAAUGGAGAACCUCUCCAUGUUCCUAAUCAAGCGCAGAGACAUGACUCGUAUGUUUGUACAUCCUUCUUUUCGAGAAUGGCUUAUCUGGAGAGAAGAAGGAGAGAAAACCAAAUUUCUCUGUGAUCCCAGGAGUGGUCACACAUUACUUGCUUUCUGGUUUUCCCGCCAAGAAGGAAAACUAAACCGACAGCAGACUAUAGAGCUGGGACAUCACAUCCUCAAAGCACACAUUUUUAAGGGUUUGAGUAAAAAAGUUGGCGUGUCCUCCUCUAUCCUCCAAGGUCUCUGGAUCUCCUACAGCACAGAAGGCCUUUCCAUGGCAUUGGCAUCUUUACGAAAUCUCUACACUCCAAAUAUAAAGGUCAGCCGACUCCUGAUCUUGGGAGGUGCCAAUAUUAAUUACCGGACAGAGGUUUUAAAUAAUGCUCCAAUUCUGUGUGUGCAGUCUCAUCUUGGUUACACAGAAAUGGUGGCCCUGCUGUUGGAGUUUGGGGCCAACGUGGAUGCGUCUUCGGAAAGCGGCCUGACUCCUCUGGGCUAUGCCGCGGCAGCAGGCUACCUGAGCAUCGUUGUGCUGCUGUGCAAGAAACGCGCCAAGGUGGAUCAUUUGGACAAGAAUGGGCAGUGCGCUUUGGUCCAUGCUGCACUCCGAGGUCAUCUGGAGGUUGUCAAGUUUUUGAUUCAGUGUGACUGGACGAUGGCCGGCCAGCAACAAGGAGUAUUUAAGAAGAGCCACGCCAUCCAGCAGGCCCUCAUCGCUGCAGCCAGCAUGGGCUACACCGAGAUUGUCUCCUACCUACUUGAUCUUCCAGAAAAAGAUGAAGAAGAAGUAGAGCGAGCGCAGAUCAACAGCUUUGACAGUCUCUGGGGAGAGACAGCACUGACAGCUGCAGCUGGAAGGGGCAAACUGGAGGUAUGUCGUCUGCUCUUGGAACAGGGGGCAGCAGUGGCCCAGCCAAACCGCCGAGGGGCAGUGCCCCUAUUCAGCACUGUCCGCCAGGGCCAUUGGCAGAUUGUUGAUCUUUUACUCACCCAUGGAGCUGAUGUCAACAUGGCAGACAAGCAGGGUCGUACCCCGCUGAUGAUGGCUGCCUCUGAAGGCCAUCUAGGAACUGUGGACUUUCUACUUGCACAAGGUGCCUCCAUUGCUCUCAUGGACAAAGAAGGGCUGACAGCACUCAGCUGGGCUUGUUUGAAGGGUCAUCUCUCAGUAGUACGUUCUCUGGUGGAUAAUGGAGCCGCUACGGACCAUGCUGACAAGAAUGGCCGCACCCCAUUGGAUCUGGCAGCUUUCUAUGGUGAUGCCGAGGUGGUCCAGUUCCUGGUGGAUCACGGGGCCAUGAUCGAGCAUGUUGACUAUAGCGGAAUGCGCCCUUUGGAUAGGGCUGUGGGGUGCCGGAACACUUCUGUUGUUGUCACUCUUCUGAAGAAAGGAGCCAAGAUAGGUUGUCAGACGUUACCGAGUCGCCCACGAGGUCCAGCCACAUGGGCGAUGGCCACCUCCAAACCAGACAUCAUGAUCAUCCUGUUGAGCAAGCUGAUGGAAGAGGGGGACAUGUUUUAUAAGAAAGGUAAAGUAAAGGAAGCUGCCCAGCGCUACCAGUACGCUCUGAAGAAAUUCCCUAGAGAAGGGUUUGGUGAGGACUUGAAAACCUUCCGGGAACUAAAGGUGUCUCUCCUCCUCAACCUCUCUCGAUGUCGCAGGAAAAUGAACGAUUUUGGAAUGGCGGAGGAAUUUGCUACUAAGGCCUUGGAGCUGAAACCGAAAUCUUAUGAAGCUUACUAUGCGAGAGCAAGGGCCAAACGCAGCAGCAGACAGUUUGCAGCAGCCUUAGAGGAUCUGAACGAGGCCAUCAAGCUGUGCCCAAACAACCGUGAGAUCCAGAGGCUCCUGCUGCGCGUGGAGGAAGAGUGCCGACAGAUGCAGCCGCCGCCGCCGCCGCCUCAGCAGCCGCCUCAGCCGCCGCUACCAGAAGAAACGGAACCCGAAGCACAGCACGAAGAUGUAUACUCUGUACAGGAUAUGUUCGAGGAGGAGUACCUGGAACAGGAUGUUGAAAAUGUCUCCAUUGGCCUCCAGACCGAAGCUCGGCCCAGUCAGGGGCUCCCGAUAAUCCAGAGCCCGCCCUCCUCCCCAGCCCAUCGGGACUCAGCCUACAUCUCUAGCUCACCGCUCGGCUCGCAUCAGGUCUUUGACUUCCGUUCCAGUAGUUCUGUAGGCUCUCCCACCAGACAGAGCUAUCAGUCCACCUCACCCGCUCUUUCUCCAACUCACCAGAACUCUCAUUACAGGCCCAGCCCACCACAUACGUCCCCAGCCCACCAGAGCGGGUCUUACCGCUUUAGCCCCCCUCCCGUGGGAGGGCCAGGCAAGGACUAUCCAAGCCCUCCUCCGUCCCCCCUCCGUAGAGGCCCUCAGUACCGGGCCAGCCCUCCAGCUGAAAGCAUGAGUGUCUACAGAUCCCAGUCGGGCUCACCCGUGCGCUAUCAGCAAGAAACAAAUGUUAGUCAGCUUCCUGGCAGACCAAAAUCUCCAUUAUCCAAAAUGGCCCAGCGGCCCUAUCAGAUGCCUCAGCUUCCUGUGGCAGUUCCCCAGCAAGGGCUCAGGCUACAGCCUGCCAAGGCCCAGAUUGUGAGAAGCAACCAGCCCAGCUCAGCGGUUCAUUCAAGCACCGUCCUCUCCACAGGGGCCUAUGGCCAAGUAGCCCACUCAAUGUCUAGUAAAUACCAGUCUUCGCAAGGAGACAUGGGAGUAAGUCAGAGCCGGUUGGUUUAUCAAGGGUCAAUUGGGGGGAUUGUAGGGGAUGGGAGGCCCGUGCAGCACGUCCAGGCCAGCCUGAGUGCAGGUGCCAUCUGUCAGCAUGGAGGGUUGGCCAAAGAAGACCUUCCACAGCGACCUUCCUCAGCAUAUCGAGGUGGUAUGAGAUACAGCCAGACACCACAGAUUGGCCGUAGCCAGUCUGCAUCCUAUUACCCGGUCUGUCACUCAAAACUAGAUCUGGAGCGCUCCUCCAGCCAACUAGGUUCCCCUGAUGUGUCACAUUUAAUCAGAAGACCUAUUAGUGUCAACCCUAAUGAAAUCAAGCCCCACCCACCAACUCCCAGGCCAUUGCUGCACUCCCAAAGCGUAGGCCUGCGCUUCUCUCCAUCUAGCAAUAGUAUCUCAUCAGCCUCCAACCUCACUCCUACCUUCCGGCCAUCUUCCUCGAUUCAACAAAUGGAGAUCCCACUAAAACCGGCGUAUGAUAGGUCAUGUGACGAGCUGUCACCGGUGUCUCCCACUCAGGGAGGUUACCCCAGUGAGCCCACCCGAUCCAGGACCACACCAUUCAUGGGGAUCAUAGAUAAAACAGCCCGGACUCAACAGUACCCCCACCUUCACCAGCAGAAUCGGACCUGGGCCGUGUCAUCCGUGGAUACCGUUCUCAGUCCCACGUCUCCAGGCAACCUGCCUCAGCCUGAGUCCUUCAGUCCACCAUCAUCCAUCAGCAACAUUGCCUUUUAUAACAAAACCAACAAUGCACAGAAUGGCCAUUUGCUGGAGGACGAUUAUUACAGCCCCCAUGGGAUGCUGGCUAAUGGGUCCCGCGGAGACCUCCUGGAGAGAGUCGGCCAGGCCUCCUCAUACCCCGAUGUGAAGGUGGCGCGGACCCUCCCUGUGGCUCAGGCAUAUCAGGACAACCUGUACCGGCAGCUGUCCCGGGACUCUCGACAAGGGCAGACAUCCCCUAUCAAACCAAAGAGACCAUUUGUGGAGUCUAAUGUUUAAAAGACGUUCGUUGGAGUGAGACCCAUAUGUUUUCACUGCACAUCUUCAGGCUUGGUUUCCACAUCUGAGGUAGUUCUCUGGCUUAAUUUCUCAUGCAGUUUCUGUGUGGUGUUUAGAGGUGGCAGCCCCGUGCUGGAGUUCUUUGCAUGCAGCCGACUGGGAAGCUGGCCUCCCGUGAGCCAGGACUUCAGUUUCUCUCGUCUGUGCCCCAGCCACAUGCUCUCUCCCUCUCUUCCGAUGCCAGCGAGGAGAUUGUUGUGCCGUGUGCUUUAACCCAGGGAGAUCAGACACACUGGUCAGCUUUUUCCAGGAGACAAUCGCUUUCACUGAUGUUCUUGUUGUGUAAAUGUCUUUCUCCUUUUUUACAAAAAUAAGAUGUUCUUGUUCGUUUUCUUCUAGGAACUUUAGAAAGAGUAUGACGCCCCUUUGCCUUUGCAUUCUUAUCCAGUGUUAUCCAAAUAGCCAACCCCAGUGCAUUCUUGUGCCAUGGUGUCCUCCCCUGGACUGCCAGCUCCCUGCAGUCAUCAGGUCUAGAAUGUUCAUUUAGAUUAUCGCUGGUCUUCCUACGGGGGCAAAAGGAUCAAGGAGAAAGAGAAGAAACAGGUCGAUUAAAUUAGAAGAAAAAAAAUAUAUAUAUAUAUAUAAUUAUUUGAAAUGUCACUAUGUUGAUUUUUCAAGAAGCAUUUUAUGAAUAUUUAAAGAACAACUAGCCCUUUAAAUAGUUCACCCAGCCAAGGAAAUUGGAUGAGAAUCAUGGAUAUUUUUAAAUAAUCCACUGAGAGUUAUCCUUUAGGUUUUUAGCCAACAAUUAACUAUUAAAAGCUAUUGAUUUUCCAUGGUGGGGGGGGGGAUACAUAAAUACAUAGAAAGAGAGAGGAAGAAAGACUGUUCUGGAUUCUCAGAAAAAGGCUAUAGAAAAUCUCUUGUCUUGGCGAAGUCUACUUUUUAAGUCCUGGUACAUCACUGAGCAUCAUAUCUCAUAAAAGCAAACUCUUCGCCAAAGUUUGGUACAAUAGUCCUGUCGGGUCUUCACCUGGAGCCACAUUGUGUUCUACUGGCCCUCUUUCUUUUAAACCCACAUGGUACCGUGAAGAAAUUGGUUCUUUGAGAAGCAAAUUGAAUUCUCUUGGGGCUGUAAGACUUUAUUCCUGGAGUUUGCACCCAGGACUGUUGCACCCCAUGCCAGGUGUCGUCUGAUUCUGUUUCAAGAUCUAUAGUUUCAUUAUCUGUUUACUCUAGGGAUUGUUUCUUCGUUUCUUUCUCUAGGUAGGAGGGUUUGGGGAGUGAUCUUUGAAAACCAGGCACAGUGAAGUGUUUCAGGGAGCAGACAGACCCCUUUCAGCCCUGGGUGGGGGAACAUGAGAUAGAUAGCAGGUCCUCUGAUGCAGUUACCCUCCACACUUCUUCUGUGUCUUGAGGUCGUUUGCUGACCUGUCCUUUGCGUGACUGAGGCCAGCACAAGAUGGACAGCAAGAACACUGAAACCAAAGCCUUAGCACAGGCCUGGUACUGACUGCGCAUCAGCUCUUAGAACUGAAGAAGCUGAACAACAGAGAAUCAGUUCUCUGUUAACUACGAAUCAUUCUGCUCUUGUGAGUAAAGAAAGGGCUAUAGGAAGGGCUGUUUCCUGAAUAAAAAUCCAGAUGUGACCAGACCUGUUUGUCAUAGUAAGUGUCCUCUGAAAGUAUCACUAAGACCUGGGGAGCAUGCAGCUGAGAUCAGAAACAUUUCUCUACCAAUUUAGAUUCUGCCAAAUAGACGGACCCCUCAGCCCCCAAGCCCGACACAGGCCAGGACUUGUCUCGGGGCCAGCUCAAGACCCAGAAUCUUCCCACUCUCAGAUGCCCAGGGACUGUCUCCUACUCAGACCAGGGUGGGCGCCAGUGUCUUGUCCCUUCCCUUCCCUUCCCCCUCUCUUGCUUCCAUCUAGAAGGGGAAGCGUAGAGCUGUAGCAUCAGCCUGCAGCCAGGAGCCCAGCUCCCGCUUUGUCCAGGUCUCAGCCCUACAGGGCCCUUCGCAUCUCACCCCUCCCUGCCCACCUCUCACUGAGGAGCUGCUGCUACAUUCUGAAAGAUGUCCGUGUCUGUGAGGAAAGUGCCCCUGUGUGUCUGGAAUGCCACACACACCACCUGCACUCAGCUGUCUAGGUGAGCGAGCAGCUUCUGCACCUCCCAGACAUGCCACUGAUGCCACUUGUCCCCAGGGUCUCUCUCGCUUUCCUGGACAAACCGGAGGUUUAGGGUCUAUGCCUUAUUGGGCAAAACACUUAAAACAGUCAAAAUGCCAUUCUUUUUUAGCCAUUAUAAGAGGGAGUGAAUGUCACUACUGGGCGCCGGUUGAGUUUGACUAGAAAAUGCCUACUGGACCUGAUUGGGGGCAGGAGACCAUUUUUCCUUGCUCAGCUGACUGCCCAUGCCCUGUUGUGCUACUUCACUGCCAUGGGAUGAUCUUAGUACUGUAUCCCGGAGACGCCCUCUCCCCCAGCAGCACUCACUGAGUCCGUGUCUGGCUUCUGGUGGGGGAAGUUUUUCAGAUGAAACUGGUUAAGUUCCAGUCACCCAAUUCACACACCCUGAAAUGGAGACAGUGGUAACAAACUUUAGCCUCUAGGUUUCUCACCAAAUUGUACGUUUGUGUUCACCCAGAAUUCUUGCACUAAUGGGUUUCCAUCACAUCAUGUCUAUAAAUGGGUGCACUUUACUGUUUGAAUUUGUAACUCUGAUAAAUACUGGAUAUUUAAGUGUGCGUAAUGUCUUCAUUAGAAAAUAGCAGAACCGCUCUUGUCUUUUAGUGUAUCUUUCAAGGGAAAAAAAAGGAAAAAAAGGAAAGAAAUCAAGCAGUGGAUCACAACAUUUAUAGCACAAGAAAUAACUGUUGUAUAUAAGCAUCAAAAGGAUUAAGAAUUUUUAAAUACAAAAAAUAUUUGCAGUGAUUUUAAAGUGCUUUUCCAGCAAUUUUCUUAGGGACUCCUGAGACAUGGUUACUUUAUUUACUGGAUCAGUAAGGCACACAAUUAACAAUUAAAAAUUAAUGUUUAUUUACAAAGUAAAGGGAAAACCUGUGUAACAUGAGAAUUUGGCAUGGACAAAAUGGAGACCAUUUUGUAUCUGCUGUUGUAUCUUGUCCGGGUUGCAGACGUGCACUAUUAAAGCCCCAAAUUAAUAGAGCACAAACCCUUCUUGUUCCUCUCCCACGUGCCCCUCUUUCUAGAUGUGUUUAACUUAAACUCGAAGGCUCAGGAAAAUUCCACUAAUUAGAAUCAUGUACAGUACCCCAGGUCGUUGUCCAGAGAUACAAGUUUGCUAAUUUAGUUAAGCCUGGAUUAUUAAACACUUUUCCUAAAUUAUUGUAAACAGAACAGCCUAGAGAAAGGUAUUCUCAGUCCUUAUAUUGUAUAGUUGUUUAUGAACCCCUCUCUAAAUAUUGGUAUUUUUAUAUCCCAGAGAUGUACCCAAUAGAAAAAUUAACCAGUAUCUAAUUUAAUAUCCAUAAGUAUUUUCCUUAGAUUUUAGUCAUAUACAGUGGGUUAUGUAGACGUCACCUUGCUUCAACCAUAUUCUACCACUAGGUGUCACUGUGGCUCUGCACCAGGCUCGUCUGGUGGCAAAGACCGGCAGCGCGUCCUCUGGAGGGGCUGCUUCCAGGGCAGCAGGCAGGCCCAGAGGGUUCAGGAAGGAGGGGACAAAGACCUGGAAAGGGGUCUUCACGCAUCCGUGCCAGUCGUGGCAAGAUAAGCUCUUUGACCGCUACCUGCUUUGGACCUUCAGCCAGGCAGAGGCCCGGAGAAUGUUGACUAGAACUCCCUUCCUCUGAUGGCCGGGUGGGUAUGAGGAAGUCUCCUUUACUCCCCAUAAGCUCCCCUCUCAGUUCCUCUUGGCCUCCAACUUGUACAACUCCAGAGAUGUCACAGGUGGGUGGUUUGGUUCAAAAAUAGUUAUUUUUCUACUGCAGAAAUGCCUUGGACAAAACCAGUUGCUCACUGAACCUUUGCCACAAAAUGGAACAGGCUCCCCAGGGGGCAGGGUGUCCCCUCCCUGUCCCAGCCUCUCCCACCCUGUCUGUCUGUCCUUGGGCUGCCCACUUCUCACGAAGCCAACUUGCAAAGGCAGCCUGCUGCUGCUUCCACACCAAGGCCUGUGCCGCCCCGUUGCGCGCACGUUGGGAGGUGUGGCAUUUUCUCCUUUUCCUCUAGGAAUUCCAGACUGACCAUCUACCAUGACUAACAACAAUGAACAAAAAGGGCUUAGGGGUAAGAGCUACCUACAAAGACGUGUCAUGGAAACCUUCACCAUGCAAUGCCUUGAACUCAGCUCUGGCUGCUCCCAAGAAAAGGUGGCUGGCUGGGGGCCUGGACACAAGCACAAUGGGAAUGGUGGAGCCACUGUGCAGAGCUACUUGAAUAAUCACUGGGUCUUCAUCAACUCCUUUUAUAACACAGACCACUCAAGGGCUGAAGUGUUGGUAACCUGCAUUUCGGUGUCCAAUGCCUCACAGCUGCUGAACCACCCUGAGAUGCUUGUGGCCACGUGAUGGCCACAGUCAGAGCUUUGAAAGUCAGUACCAAAUGAAUGCGUAAUUGGACACCAAAAAUCAAGUGUUACUUUCAUGUUUCCUCACCCAUACCAUCUCACUUCUUCCUGCUGACUCUGAUAAUCUCCACUAAGCUGACCUGUCGGGUUUUUAGCUGAAUGCAUAUAGAUGCAGGCCAGCAUCACUCUUGUUUUUCAGACAGACCUACUCUGUGGACAGGAAGGAGCCUAGCUGCUUUGUUUUUGUAGCACUUACUGGCUGGAGUUUUCUUUUGCCUAAUCGCUAACCAGAACACCUGGUUAGGGGGACGCCACUCGAUCCCUUCGGUCCCCAGGACCAGACAGAGAGUUAAUUCUGGAAAAUUUAGUACUUGAAUGUACCUGCCUUAUUGUGUACCAGCUUACUGGAAAAAAAGAUAGAAAAGCCGGCUCCAGAUCUCUCCUCCAUUCACAGGUUAUUUUGGAAAUCCUGUAAGUUACACUUCCUGUUCUAGUUUAUUUUUGUUUUUGUUUUUUCCUUUGGCUGAUUCCUGCUGAGUGGGGCCAGUUCCUCCUCAGGCUCAGGGCAGGUGCCAUUCUCAGGCAUGGCCUCCUUUCCAUCCAGCGCAGCAUCUCCGUCUCUGUUCUGUCUCCUCCAAAUCCAAGAUGAUUUUAAUUAGUACAGACAUGUACAGUCUACAAUUAAAGAGUGAUUUGUACUAAUAUGAUUUUGAUUCUUCCUCCUCUUUGCUGUCCUUUCAAGACACUUGCUGGAAAAAGCUUUAAUGCACUUAGUUUUCCUUUAGGUUUUCUAUGACUCAGAUGUAAAGGACUUUCUCUGUACAGUAUAUUAUCCAAUGCAUGUUUGUUCUCUCUCCCGAUAUAUUGAACACCACACAGUUGUGAACUCGUGCAGUGGGGAUGUCCCGCACCCCACAGAGGCAUCUAGCCCCCUGUGUAUAAGGAAAGACAUUUUCCUUUGCUGUACUUGCUUGAGCAGUUGUAUUGUCUGUACAUGUGAGCUGUGUGAGGUAGAUGUGAAAAGGUAAAUGAAUGCAUUCUCCUGCCCAUGUGUACAGAUCGCCAUCCGUACAAUGAACCGUAUGUAUGAAAGCAAAUGUACUUAUUUAUAAAGGGUAACACUUGGAAAAACA